AUGGCGCAAAUGAUACGCUUCCCUCUCUUCCUUCUCGUCCUCCUCCGUGACAUUUCUGCAACCCCCCAGCAAGAGCAUGUCUGGGAAAUCCAACCCGAUGCCUGGUAUGAGAGGAUGAUGGUUCCUGUGGAUGAGAGGGCAGAAGCGAUUCAGCUCGCCAUGCUGUCGGGCUCGUGCUCCCAUCCCCCUGCGCCUGUAGACAUCGAUGUUCCCGUGCUCGUCCUCAACCUGAGGGAGCGGAAGGAUCGUAGGCUACACACUCGCUGCCUUCUGCGAUCCCUGGGGUUCUCGAACAUCCGAUUCCUCGAUGCCAUGGCUGCCGACGACGUCGAGCGGGAGAGGCCGGAGGAGGUGCGCCAUUUCUUCGAUAGCGACGGCAAGGUCGGGCACGUUAGAGGAUGCGGCAAGUUUUCGCGCGGGUGCCUGGCAUGCAUCGUGAGCCACAGGAGGGCGUUGAGCAUCGGCAUGGCGAGCGGCUGGGAGAGGUUCCUGGUGGUGGAGGACGACCUGAUGAUCGGAAUGUCGUUGACAAGAGCCAGGAAGUCAGUCCAAGACGCGAUCAGAGACCUCCCUUCCUCUGCCGACCUUCUCUACCUGGAAGCUUGCUUCGAGAACUGCCGGAACCUGCUGUACAGCAACCUGAGCAGCAUCGCAAGGGCACACCAGCCCCUCUGCACCGGAGCCAUCCUGUACAGCAGGGCGGGAGCAGACAAGGUGCUGCGAGACAGCAACAGUGCGUUCGCUUCUAUGGAUACCAUGCUGAAGCAGCUCAUAGACGAGGAAGGGACCCUGGAGGGCUACAUCGCGACUCCUCCUGUCCUCUACCAAGACUUCUACUUCGGCUCCGACCUCGGCUCCAACUACCAACGCGUCUUCAACCGCGCAAUUGUCAACACCACCCACCGGCCAGACGCUGCCGUCUGCUCCGACCUCUUCGGGUACACUGAGAUGUCGUCCCUCCUCUCCUCCUCCUCCUCCUCCUCCUUCACGUACCUGAUCCUCUCGGACCCGCUGGUCCCCACUACCAGCAGGCUCGGGCCCUGCCGCAGGCUCAUGUACUACACGCAGCAGCGAGGGGUGGAGGAGAAGGACUACAGCAAGCUCGUGGGCGUCUGGCCGUCUGGCCUGCUCGGGCAUCACGCUGUGCUGCUGGUGCUCGAUGGGGAGGGAGCUUGCAGUGACCUCAGCAGCACUCACUUCUGCAGCCUCCAAGUUGAGCUGUACGACGACAAGGAGGAGAUCGUCGAAGUCCACCAUGUCGACGUGCUGCCCACCAUGUUUGCUCCCGCCACUCGCCGCCAUGGCUCCUGCUUCCUCCUCCUCAGCAGGGAGCCUCUUGACAUCUCCUUCCUCGCGCGAGCGGAUCGGCCGCUAGCUGCCGUCCAGCUCACGACCCACCAGCGGUCGGAGGACCCCAACGUGCUGUUCCUGCCCGGGAGGACGAGGAGGCAGUGCUGGGCUGAGCUGGUGGAGAAGAUGGUUCAAACCUUCAUACUCCCCCUCGUUACUUUCUCCUACCUCGUCUUUGUCGACCUGGGCUCGGUACAGGACGAGCUGCCCCGAGAGCUGCUGGAGUGGUACGAGAAAGUUCUUGUCCAUGACCUCCCCGACCUCCCCGACCUUGUCCUUGCAUCCUCUGCGCCUGCUGGCACCAUCGGCAAGUCCUUCACUUCGACCUCCGGCCUCGUCGCUGUCAGUGAGCGAUUCAUGGCGUUGCUGCUGGACACUUUUGAGAAUCCAUCAUGUAACUGA